CAAACAGUGCACUGCAGUCAACAUGGAAGACCUGUUCACAGCGCAUCAUGAGAUGGGCCACAUCCAGUAUUUCUUGCAGUACAAGGACCAGCCAUUCAUCUACAAGGAAGGUGCCAACCCAGGCUUCCAUGAGUCUGUGGAUGAUGUCAUGGCACUGUCAGUGUCAACACCGAAACACCUGCGCAAAGUGGGGCUGUUGGACGGUGCGAGUACAGAUGACCCCGAGGCGACCAUCAACUACCUCUACCUGCAAGGACUGCAGAAGAUUGUCUUCCUACCAUUUGCUUAUGUUGUGGACCUUUGGAGGUGGGCAGUGUUUCAAGGGGAAAUAACAAGCGAUGCCUACAGCUGCAACUGGUGGAAACUCAGGGGCUAAUACCAGGGUAUUGAACCACCAGUUGAUAGGACUGAAGAAGACUUCGAUCCUGGCUCAAAAUAUCAUGUCAUUGCCAGUGUACCUUACAUAAGGUAUUUUGUAAGCUUCAUAAUACAGUUCCAGUUCCACCGAGCUCUGUGUAUUGAGGCCGGAGAAUACGAUGCUCAGGAUGAGUCAAAACCGCUGCACGAGUGUGACAUUUACCAGAGCACCAAGGCAGGCAACUUGUUA